AUGUUUGACGUUUUUGGCUCCGUAAAGGGGCUUCUCAAGCUCGACUCUGUGUGCAUUGACAACAAUGUGUUCCGCCUGCACUACAAGGCCACCGUGAUCAUCCUGAUCGCCUUUUCGCUACUCGUUACUUCGCGGCAGUACAUCGGCGAUCCUAUCGACUGCAUCGUAGACGAGAUUCCGUACGCCGUUAUGGACACCUACUGCUGGAUCUACUCUACUUUCACAAUACCUAACCGGCUCGUGGGUCGAGUCGGCAAAGAUAUGGUGCAACCCGGCGUGGCAUCGCACGUCGACGGUCAGGACGAGGUUAAAUAUCACAAAUAUUACCAGUGGGUGUGUUUUGUGCUAUUCUUCCAAGCUAUUCUGUUCUAUGUGCCGCGAUAUUUAUGGAAAACUUGGGAAGGCGGCCGCGUCAAGAUGCUUGUGCUAGAUCUUAACUGUCCUGUGGUCGGAGAAGAGUGUAAAAAGGACCGUAAGAAACUUCUUGUUGACUAUUUUUACACAAAUUUGCACACACAAAACUUUUACGCAUUCCGUUUCUUUAUCUGCGAAGUGUUGAAUUUUAUCAACGUGGUAGGUCAAAUAUAUUUCAUGGAUUUCUUCCUUGACGGCGAAUUCUCCACGUACGGCAGAGACGUAGUACGCUUUACCGAGAUGGAACCAGAAGAACGCGAAGACCCGAUGGCGCGUGUGUUUCCUAAAGUGACAAAGUGCACCUUCCACAAAUACGGUCCGUCAGGAACCGUGCAGAAGUUCGACGGCUUGUGCGUGUUGCCUCUGAAUAUUGUGAACGAAAAGAUCUACGUGUUCCUAUGGUUUUGGUUCGUGAUACUGUCGAUCCUAAGCGCAAUUUCUUUGAUUUACCGAGCAGCUGUCGUGGCGGGACCGCGCGUGCGGUUGUACCUGCUUCGCGCACGUAGCCGUCUUGCACCCCAGGAACAAGUCGAGGCAGUUGCUCGUAAACUGCAAAUUGGCGACUGGUUUGUUCUUUACCAACUUGGAAAAAACAUCGACCCAUUGAUCUAUAAAGAGCUAAUGGCCGAUCUGGCUGAUAAGUUCGAGGGCAAGGACACAGUGUAG